AGAUCAAUAAGUAAAGUCUUAAAAGAUAAGUUAAUGUGAGGUUAGAAAAUAUUUGUUAUGUUAUGAACAUGAUAACAUACUAAAUAAUUAGUGUUAUUGCUUACUUAAAUUUUGUUGGAUGACGUAUUAUCGAGAGAUAAAAGUAUGUUGAUCUAAGUGUAUUAAGCUUUAUUAUUUACCAAAAUUUCAUAAACUCAUGCCCAUUCUCGCUGAUUUAAAAUAUUAAGUUGAACUAUAAAUGAAGAAACAAUAGUCUAAUAGAGUUGGUCCAAGUCCGAAAGAGAAAGUGAUGUUCCUCACACGCGUUUUGUAUGAGAAAAAAUCUUUAAAAGAAGUAUUAUACUCAAGUUUACAUUUUUAGGCUUGCCAAGAAUUACAAAUGUCUUACUCCUGGGGUAAGGCCAUAUGGUCUGAACACAUAUCCCAAUAUAAUAAAACAAAAAAACUAUAUAAAAAAAAUGAUUCUCCCAAAACUCCUCCCAGCGAGACUGAGUAAGUGACAAAGAAGGUUGCGGGCGUCAAAAUCCUCCCAAAGGGACAACACAUUACUAAACAAUUUCACAUCCAAGUGCUAAUUCAUGGAAAUCCUAUCAAGACUAAAGCUACUGAUUGAGAAUAGAAGGC